AAGAGCUCAUUCAAAACCCAUCAACAACAACAACGAGCAAGACUUCAGUCCACGCCAACGAGCAGACAUGAAGACCAGCUUUGCAGUCUUGAUAUUAUGCGUCGCGCCACUGCUGACUACGAGCUUCCCCUUUGAGAGGAAAGGAAGUUCUCCCACAUCUGGAGGGGGUAAGGAGAAGCGCGUCCAGUACGCCGCAUGGGACGACGUCAACGUUCUGGCCCACGGUCUCCUCCAGCUGGGACAGGGUCUGAAAGAGCACGUGGACAAGACCAAAGUCCAGAUAAGAGACAUCUCCACCAAACUCAAGAUCUUAAACCGCACCGUGACCGAGUUCGGCAAAGAGAGUCAGAAGUUACAGCGGGAGGGAGAGGCGCUGAAAGACAGAGCCAGAGGACUGGAGGACAGAGAGGCCAGCCUGUUGAACGUGACCGUGGAAUUGCGGGAUAAGGCCGAAGAGAUGCGGCAGGAUGGGAAGACUUUGGUGGAGAGGGUCGGCAGAUUGGAGGAGAAGGUGGAGGGGUUGGCGCAGGGCGAGAAAAAUGGAACAGAGGCGCGCAGCAUCCAGUUGAUGCUAGAGGCCCAGAAUAAACGCAUUGAUGAUUUAAUGGAGCGGAUAAGACUUCAACAGGAGAAGCUUGACAAGCAAAACGUGCGCAUAAGGACGCUGCAAACCCAGAUACAGCAGUCCAGACAGAGAGUUGAUGCCCCGCGUAACCCCAGCCAUGACGAGCCAAGCACCGUGGUGGAGCAGCGGGACUCUCCAGCAGUCGACACAGCCUCAGAUUGCCACGAGCUGUUCCUGAGAGGAGAGAGCACUAGUGGAGUCUACACCAUUCAGCCACUCAACUCUGAGCCCUUCCAGGUCUACUGCGAAAUGACCUCUGGUGGUGGUUGGACAGUGAUCCAGAGACGUCAGGACGGUUCUGUCGACUUCCAUCAGCCCUGGGAGGCCUACGAGCGCGGAUUUGGCAACCUUAAAGGUGAAUUCUGGUUGGGUUUGGAGAAAAUGCAUUCCAUUGCCAAAGACGGCGGUUACGUCAUGAACAUCGCCAUGUCUGACUGGAACGGCGACCUAGCUAGCGUUCGUCUCUCCUUCAAUCUUGGUGGACCCAACACCAAAUACUCCCUGUACGUCAAGAAAGAGGGUCCCUUCAGCCCCCUGGAGAGCUCCCUGGGCCCGGACGCUACAGAUGCCCUCCCCUUCUCCACCUCUGACCAAGACAACGACCGCAAGAAUGAUGCUAACUGCGCUAUGAACCUCUCUGGCGGAUGGUGGUUCAGCAGUUGCGGCCAGUCUAACCUGAACGGACGCUACUUCCAGAGCCCACCUCCCAAACAGCGGCACCAGAGGAAGCAGGGAAUUUUCUGGAAAACCUGGCGCGGACGCUACUACCCUCUCCGAUCGACCACCAUGAUGAUCGCGCCCGCCGAGAUACAAGAGAGCCGGUCGUGAAAGUAACGGACUAAAUUAUAGACUAUUUGGUGCUGGUUUGUUGGGACUUUAAAAGCACUGAAACUCGAAUCUUAAGGGGCCAAGCGUGAAGCAGUCGGAAAACAAGAUUGGACAUGUUCACUGCGCUUCGAGCCCGGAAUUUUUUCUGACAAGUCGAGUCACGUCUGCACAUGAUACUAUGAAAGAUAUAUGGAAGAUUUGGCUUCAUCAGAUUUUGAAUUUUAAAUGCUUUCAGCUCAAAUAUUUUCAGGUAAUUUUUCAGUGUAAUAUUUGCACUGUGUGUUUUUUUAUAUAUUGUUUUAAACAUAUUGAAAACACAUACUUAAAAAAUUCAGCAAUUGAAAUUGAGAAUAACAACAAUUCAAGUUUUUUCAGAGUUAAAACGUUCUAAAUCUGAUGAAACAAAUGAUCUUUCAUACAGAAUGUUUCCCUUUCCGCACAACAAGCUCUAAAUAUAAGAGCUGGUCGAACUGUUUUGUAUGUAGCAUUAAGUGAAUGUGACCAAACGGUGACCUGUACAGAUGUAAAUGACUGAAGAAUGCAGCUUUUUUUCUAUUUGUAACUUCAAAUCGAACCAUCUUCACAGACUCUAAGUUCCAGUGGAGAGAUGAUGUCAUUUUUGAGUCAUAAUGACUUGUGUAACGAUGCCAGGCGUUGUUUUACAUUAUAUUUAGGGACGCACCGAUCUUAUACUGGUAUCUGACAAUGUGCUGGAUCGGAUAUCGGCUUCCAAGUAUCAGUUGAGUCGAUAUCCUGGUUGGACAUAUAAAUUGACCUAAUGAGACUAUUUAUUUACUGGUCGUAGUCUGCCCCGAAAGUCUCCGAAUGUUUAAUUUAUUCUUUAUUCAAAGUUGUUCUGUAGUUAGUUGAAAGAUAAUUAACAGUUGCGUAACACUUUUGGAGCAGUUCUGUCUUUAUCUGGAUAUUGGGGAUCGUCAGAUUCUUAAAGCCUUAGUAUCAAAAUCGGUAUCGGAACUGAAAAGCUGGAUCGGUGCGUUCCUAGUUGUAGUGAAUGUGAUAUGAAUGUCUGAGUGAGAGUUUUAUUAUUGUAGAAAACGUUACUUUUACUUAUUUAAAUCAAUUUAUAUAUUUGUGGUGCCGUCUACUUGUAAUUUAUAAUGUCUAUGUUGUGAUGAUGUAAGAUGUUUUUUAUAAAGAGAUUAUAACCGUUUUGGCCGAGAUGUGCCAAUAAAACAGAUUUAAACUA